AUGACAUCAGGUUCGAGUGUCGACACACACACAGUCAGGACUGGUUGUAUGCCUUCUUUGUGUGUGUGUGUGUGUGUGUGUGUGUGUGGCCCGCCAGCUGUCAUGCAGGCAACUUUGGGCGAAUAUAGAAUGCGCCACGCACAGAUUGCCAGCAUUCACCUUGCUGAACCAGAUCUGUACGCAGACAGACUAAACAAGGAAUGCAUUCCUCUCCCAUUUCAUCGCUUGAAUAUUCAAUGCGUCUUGCCAGCUGGCCGUGGCGCGAGACACUUGACGAGAGCGCUCCCAAGUGGGCUGACUACUACUUGGUGAGGGCCCCACCGCGCAAGCAAGGGGUACAUGAACGUGGCUUUGUCCAUGUCUUUGCUCCCCCCCUCUGUGUGUGCGUGUGGUGUGUGUGUGGAACAGUUUGCCGUUGGCGCUGAGCAGCUUAUCACUCUGCUGUACCAAAAAAGCGACUCAUCUGGAAAACCUGUAGACAGGCGAUUCGAGCCCCGAACACGGUGAUGGCCGGCACGUACGCAAGAUACAGCCUUUUCUGUCUCGACCUUUGUUUGUGUGUCUCUUAGCUUGCUCUACUACCCACAAUGCCUCCUGCACCCAUCUGUCAGCGCUUCCUCGCCAUCGACUUCCCCCGACUUACUCUCCACUUGUCGGUGUCUCUGUCUGUCUGUCUCUGUGGAUGCAGGAGGGGACAUGCGACAAUAGAACCCAUCCUUAUCCCUUCUCAGGCAAGCCUUCCGCUCACACACAGCAGACUGCUCUAAGCCAGCACUCAGCAGCCAACUCAUUUCUUCCACAUUGGCUUUUGGAGGCCGGCGGCUUUUAUCCCGCAAUAGUUUCUUGGUAGACACAGAGGCGCGCCGUCACGAACAGUGGGUGAGAUCGAAAUGCCUUAGGUUCGAGGAGGCGGAACGCUUCUGGACCAACUGAGUACUAUGCGAGCACCGGAGGCUCGAUAUGACAAAUAGUGUGUCUAUGCCAGGUCUAUACGAGGAGGUGACGAGGAGAUACAGACCGUCUGUGCCUCUACGCUUCAGUCGUGCUCUUCCGAACAGGUCAAUCCAUACAAGGAACAAAGCUUCAGCCCUGAUUCGGUCGUGGAGGCAAGACAGCACAUCUCGCUCGACGGCCAAACAGGCGAAAAACGGCUCAAGGCCUGCAUUGAGAGGUUGGAGCGGCAGGCAGAGGGCCUUCGCAAAUUGCAAAGCGGCCAAUCUGGGACGACCUCUGCGCCCGUCUUCCAUGUGGAGAGACAGGUGAGUGGUGCUCGCAUCAGCACACCCACACACGAAUCGUGAGCGGCUCCAUGAAUGUUCAGGUGCGGGCCUGGCUCCCGCCUGACUACUGGUAUGGCCGUAGAGACACAGGGCUGCAGAAAAAGAGAAUCUGUGGGUCAACUUAAGAGGUGGAUUUACAACAGCUUGAGGUUUGAUCUUGGCAACGCUUGUAGGCUCCCACAAUCCCACAAUCCCACUGACACACACACACACACACUCUCUCUCUUAUGACUGGUGCCUAUUCUAUGCUUUUCCUGACUGUCUACCAGUCGAAACUCUAGAAGACUUGUUCAUUGAGGUGAGCCAAGAGAGACAGACAGAGAGCGAGAUGAAUCAUGAGUCAUGGCUGCGUGCAGGAAGCUGACUCAGACCUUCUAGACCACGGUCGGCGCGACCGACAUAGCACACAUGGCCGUCGCCUAUGCCACCGUGGUGCAGAAACGAAGUUGUGGAUUUUGGGCGCUGUUGAUUGGGCUUUACUCCUGCUGGCUGCCAUGUUCGCGCACUACCUUUUGUAAGGUCACAAAUAAGCAUCGUGUCAGCCUGCACAUGUGCUUGUCUCCUAUAGAUUCGAGUGGUGCAGGAAAGAUUUAGUAUUCUUUGGAGAGGCACACGACGCCCGUUCAUUUUUGUCCGCCUCAGUGUCUCCAUCCUGAGAGUUCUGCCCGUAGAAGACAUAGACGUAUGUCAGCCAAAUGCACAAAGCGAACAUCCGCUCUUUUUGUGUUCCUCAGCAACAAAGGCUUUUUGACCGCUUCAACAUCGACCUUGAGGUCGCAGGCAGCCUGUACUCACACGUGUGCAUUUCAGCCACAAGCUUCUCUCUGUCUGUCUGUCUGUCUGUAUUUGUGUGUUUGCAGAAUGAAGCGGGAAGCAAGGGAAGCGAAGCUACAGUGUGACCAAUUUUUCAGGGCUUUUCACCAAUUGUGGUCAAGGUUGUGGUCAAGGUGGAUGCCUCGAAGUGGCACUUUCUUUAUUCGCACAGACCGUUCUCAUGCACUGACCUUUUUGCGUUAUUUUUCAAUAUGAAUACAGAUGAUUUUCCCCGGACAAUUGGUGGAAGUACUCAGGUGGCGAGUGGUGGGGCAAUUGCAGAGAGACGCCUACAGACCGUCGAGAACCACUGUUUCUUUCACUCACACAAACCGGCAACUCACUCAGCGAGCCCGCCAUGUGGAAGAUGCCUGUGAUGCGAUGGCCUUGGCGCAUGAGACGCUCCAGCGCCUCUGACACUCGUCCCUGGAGGCCACGUCGCACGUGAGAGGCAACACAGCCACAGCCGCAGCCGCCGCUCUGUCGCCGUGCGUGUCACCCUCCGCCUGCAUUAUCCACACAUGUUCGCAACAAGGCGAGAGACCUUGUGGAGGUGAAUAGCAGAGGGAAAAGGUGGCCAGCGAAUCCAUAAUGUGUCUGUCCGUUUGUUUCUUGGAACCGUGAUGGAUUGGAAUCGAUUCGUCACUCGUGUCUCAGUCAGUCAGUCUUUUUGCAACAUUGUUGCAUCGUGUCGUUCGGCCAUCGUUCGGUGUGACAGUCUUCAUCUCCAGUGAAGCUUGGUCAAUUGGGCUGGCCCGAAUAGAUGCGACUCUGUCGGCUUCAGGCACCCCAUUGAGGGCUCCUCGGAGUCCCUUGAUCGAACGAUUUUUAAAACCUUUCAAAUGUGACGAAAAACAGUUUAAAAUCGUCAAACCCCACCAGACAUGGAUUGCAACGGCAUUGAUAUUUGAACGAAUGGAGGGCUCACACGUGAAUGAU